AUGAUGCAGCGGCGCGUCCUGCUGGCGGCCUCCGCGGCGCUCCGUCGCCGCGCGCCGACGUCUCCCGCUCUGCGCGCAGCCACCAACGGAAUUGCGUCUCGCUGGAGCUCCUCCAGCUCGAGCGAACCGCCCAAGCGCACCGUCCAGGUGCUGCACAACAAGCCGCAGACCAGCUACGUGCAUGUGGAGCAGGACAUCGCCGCCAUGCAGCGCGAGAUCCGCGACGCGUACAACUCCGGAGACUACCAGGCCGCGCUGGACGCCGGACUGCAGUGCCGAGACCUGGUCAAGUCCCACUUCGGAGAGAACCACCCCGUGUACGCCAGCACGGUGACCAACAUCGCCCUCAUGUACAAGAACCUGGGCCAGAUGGAGGAGGCCGUCGAGUCGUACGAGUUCGCGCUGCAGGUCUACAAGGCCAGCGUGGGCGAGCAGCACGCUUCCUUCGCCACGACGCUCUACAACCUGGGGCUGGUCUACCGCGCGCUGGCCAUCUCCAACGCCGGCAUGGAGCGCGUGAGUGCGCUGCACCGCGCGCUCGACUGCUUCGAGGAGUCGCUCAAGAUCCGCCGAAACAUCCUCGAGCCGGGACACCCCGACAUCGCGCUCAGCAUGAGCAACAUGGGCGUCAUCCACUGGCAGAACAAGCAGCCAGAGAAGGCGUUCGCGGCGCUGACCGAAGCUGUCGAGCUGCUGGAGAAGAAGGUCGGACCCUCGAGCUCGCUCACGGCGCUGGCGAAGAACAACCUGGCGUAUGCCAAGAAGGAGGCGCGCGAGUACGAUGAGGCUAUCAAGCUGUACGAAGAGGUGCUGCGUGUGCGGAAGCAGGUGCUCGGCUCGGAGCACAACGAGACCAUCAUGGCGCGUCACAACCUCGCGGAGGCCUACCGCUCGAGCGGAAACGAGGACAAGGCCGUGGAGAUUCAGAACGAGAUCCUGGAGCUGUUCGACGCCGAGUUGGGGCCGGAGGACAAGAAGUAG